UGCAUACUUCAUCAAGUUGAGUUGGUUUCAAAAUAAAGUCACACUCUCUUUUGAUAUUCUGAUAUCCUUUGCUGUAAGCUGAUUUAAUAACCGGCUCUUCCCGACUCAAAAGGUUCUCCGGGAUUUUAAGUUCUGAAGUCCAGGCACAUCGUGUUGCAACCCUGUUGGUCGACUCCACUCAAUCUCAUCUCACAACUUCCUCCAGGGUUUCCACUCACCACCCACCACUCACUCGCUCCCUCCUCAACACCAUCAUGACCCUCACCAACCGCCUCGGCCUGGGGUCGGAGGCCAACGGCGACAACACAGGACUCAUAGUAGCAGGCACCGCCAUCGCGACCGCCGCCGUAUUAUCACUCCUCCGCAGUUAUCUGUGGCCGACCCAACCCAAGGUCAUCCGCUCACCCCUGCGCAACGUCCUGCCUCGGCUCUCACCGGAUGAGUUCGACAAGCUCGAGUACAAGCCCGACAACUUCCCCGGCGCCCGGGAUGUCGAGACUCCGUACGGUUCUAUCCGCGUCUACGAAUGGGGGCCCCUGACCGGCGAGAAGGUGGUCUUUGUGCACGGGAUUAGCACCUCCUGCAUCACCCUCACCACGCUGGCCAACGCCCUAGUCGAAGAGAAAGGCUGCCGCGUCAUGCUCUUCGACCUCUUCGGCCGCGGCUUCUCCGACAACCCGGCCGACCUGCCGCACGACGACCGGCUGUACACGACCCAGAUCCUGAUCGCGCUAGCCUCGUCGCCCGACCUGGCCUGGACGGGGCCGCAGGCCUUCCGACUCGUGGGCUACUCGCUGGGCGGGGGCAUCGCGGCGCACUUCGCCGCCGCCUUCCCGCACCUGGUGUCGUCGCUCGUGCUGCUGGCGCCCGCGGGGCUGAUCCGGCCGGAGUCGUUCGGCGCCCUCACCCGCGCCGUCUUCACCUCGGGCGUGAUCCCGCCGCGCCUGCUGGCCUGGCUCACGCGCCGCCGCCUGAGGCGACCCAUCCGCUCGAGCGGCAAGCGCGGCAAGGCCGCCGCCAACAGCAACAGCCCCAACGGCAGCCCCAACCCCAACACCACCACCCCAAACCCGCGCAGCAACCCCGACCCCACCGCCACCACAACCCCCAAACCCGACCCCAUCACCGCCUCCCUCACCGAAACCACCCCGCUCCUCCCCCCAGAACCAACCCCAGAACCAGAACCCGAAUCCACCACCCUCCCCCACCGCGUCCUCCGCACCGUGCACUGGCAGCUCACCCACCACGCCGGUUUCGUGCCCGCCUUCAUGUCAUGCAUCACGCACGCGGCCUCGCUCAUGACGGGCCAGCACGCGACGUGGACGAAGCUGGCGGCCCGCGAGCCGGGGACGACGGCCGUGGUGCUCGGCGCAGACGACGAGAUCAUCGAUCCGGGCGAGUACGAGGCUGAUGCGUUGGGGUUGGUGGGUUGGGGCGAGGAGGGCAGGGUGGUGUGGGAGGUGGUGCGGGGGGGGCAUGAUUUUCCGAUGACGGGGGCGAGGGAGGUGUUGGGGGUGGUUUAUCGGGCUUGGGGGUGGGUUUGA